CGCCGAAUUCUGCAUCACAAUCUGCGACCCCACCAAGCCUGUUGGCGGCCAAGAAACCUCUCCACUGACAAUAAAGAGAAUUUUCCUCUGCUUUCCAACUAUCAGCCGCCAGCUUACAUACGCGCCAGACACGUGCGGGCAGAGUCUCCAAGGCUGGCCAACCCUCUGCCUCAGCGCUCUCGUCAGCCGCUUGUGAUAAUCAACCAUCCUCAGCCAAGCAUGCCUAGUCUGAACCAACACUCGCAGGAGAGCGCCCAAAUUGGAGACUCCGUUGAUGUCUCUCCGGUCGCACGCCUCAUUCGCUGGUUCACAGCAAACGGUGGCGAGCUGAGUGCUGAUGUCGAGAUCGGUUUCGACGCCUCGAGCGGCUAUCACUGCCGUGCAACUAGAAACUUGAGCUCACCGGUGGUUGCCAAGUGCCCACUUAGCUUGACGCUCUCGCAUCUCAAUCUCGAUCACACCCAGUCAUUGGUACCUCAUGUCGAGAGCCCAUUGGCAAAGUGUAUAGGGCGUAUACCGAACAAUGUAUUGACGUACCUGCUGUUGGUUGAGCAGCGUCUUCGUACAGGUGGAAGUGUCCUGAAAUGGCAGCCGUAUGUCGCCUGCCUACCAGAACCGAGUGCCAUGACCACCCCGCUUUGGUUCGGUCCUGAGGACAUGCAAUGUCUGGCUGGAACCAACCUAGCACGAGAGACCGCCGUGAAGCUGGACCGACUCACUGAGGAAUGGAACCAAGCCAACGAAGUCAUGGAAAGCCUUGACAUCAACACAAACGUCUUUAGCUUUGAUUGGUUUCGCUGGGCAGCGACGAUCAUCUCAUCGCGAGCCUUCAUAUCAACUCACAUAAUACCGGACAAGGAUACAUUUCCGAUCCUCUUUCCUGUAGUAGACAUCUUGAACCACUCCCCGACCGCCAAAGUCGAAUGGGACUUCCAUCCAUUCCAAGACUUCACACUGAAGAUUUUGAACCACGGCGACGUGCGACCCGGUGACGAGGUAUACAACAACUACGCUCCCAAGCAGAACGAUGAGCUUCUUCUUGGCUACGGCUUCUGCGUCGCGGAUAAUCCCGUGGAACAGUUUGCCAUCAAAAUGCGGCUGCCCCCCCAGAUCGAAGAAGCCGCUCGAAGCAUGAAGAUGUUCGAGCCAGUCAACGUUCCCUUCGGAAUGGACACGUCGUUCCUCGCUGUGGAUCCAAACGAGGAGCCUGAGUACUUGCGUCCGAAAGGCCACCCAUUCGGGCGGUACGAGAACCGCCUGCCAUUCUUCCGAGCCAUCCCCCCUCGCAUCGUGCACAUGUUCUUCAUCCAAGCCCUGAUGAACCUUCAAAUCCCUCCUGGAAAUAUUCAAGCCGACUCUGUGCCAUCCAGAGUCGUACUCGAAACCUUACUGCUCACGUACGAAGCCAUCGACAAUCGCAGCCAGACUCUACCCCUAGCUCCCAAACGUCAAGCUUCUUUCUCCAAUGACAAGCAAAAAUACGCAACCAUAUACCGCGACGGCCAGGCCAAGAUCCUGCACUCCAUCCGCGCCGAACUCAAAGCCGUGCUCGAUGCCCUCAGAUUCCACGACGGCGUGCCCACACGACCCGUCAUCAUAUCCUCAACCGAAGCGCUGACGCGCCUAUCUUCCGACUUCCCCUCCCGCGCCGAACAUCUGCAGUCCGGCCUGGCGAGCCAGUACGGGCUCGACUUUUCCACCUGGGCUCGGUACAGCGCAGAAAUCGCCACCCUCGAAACGGGACAGCAGCCUGCCGAGCUGUCGGUGUGGAAACUAGUACUCUGCCUAUUCCUGAUUUCAUACGAACAUACUGAGGCUGCAGCUUCACCCGGGCGCCAGGCUUAUUCCGACUGGAUUGAGUAUCUUGUGGAGCAGACGCCGCUUCCUACGACUGCUACUGUGGAUGCAGAAGCUCUGGAGGGAUUUAUUCGGGGUUGGGAACAAAAUAGGGAUCAAGUGGAGAGGGCGUACACUUGGGCUGAUGAGGUCGUGGACAAGUACGCUUUUCCCGUUGUAGAGGAGGUAGAGGGGGAAGAAGUGCAGAGGAUCUGUAUGUAUCUGCAGCUCGGGCCUGGGGAUGCGGGAAAUGGGGAUUGGAUGUUUAAGGGGUUGUGAGGGGUUUUCAGAAGAAUACGCCGAGAGAAGAAGAAUAUCGUGUACCAUCGCGACAACAGGAACUCCCUUACAUUGUCCGGUUCUAUCAUUUCUUUCUGCCCAUUGAGACGAUGAUUGUACGAUUAUCCCCUGUUUCAUUCAGCGUGUCUUGAACCUAGGCCUGUGCGGUACUUCUGACUACGAGGUGUCAACAAUCGUACAUCAGUUCAGACCGCAACUCGCGCACUAGACGCCAAUAAAGGACUUGAGCACAUGGUCUCGAACACCAACGGCCCUUCCUCGUAGCUCGGCGAGAAACCGGCGCUCGGAAGGAAUGGUCUGAAAUACGCGUCUUUGUCUUUCAGAUUCAUAUCCACAUAGGAUGCAAGCCAGGGCUCCCUGGUCUCUU